GUGGGUGCGAGUACAUGAACCGGAGCGUCGAUUAGAAUGGAGAUCGAGAAAAGACGUUCCAGGGGAAGCUUCCUCAGCUUGUUUGAUUGUAAUGGAGUAUCACGAAAGAAGCUGUUCCUUGACACUCCUAACUUGCCCGACGAAUUGAAGCAAGCGAAGGAAAAUAUGGGGAACAUGACAGAAUCACAGUUGACUACGACAAAGGCAGAUGAGAGUGGAAUAAAUCCGAGCAACAUCACGAGUUGCGAUUUCAACUGUGAGCUAUCAGUUAGUAGUGAUAUAGGAUGUGAGAGCAAGGUACCAUGCUUAGUAGCGAGACUAAUGGGUUUGGAUUCAUUGCCAACUUCAACACUCAACAAGCUCUCUUUGACUUCGUCGCGUGCCUCUAACUCUCCUGUUUCUUCUCAUUGUCAUGAGGAUGCUGUUGACCCCAUGAAAUCAAGGGCACAUUUAGCGGAAAACAGGACAAUUGAAGCAAGACGACUCAAGAAUGCAACUAUGAGAGUUCUUGAUUCGAAACAGAAAUCAGAAGCUGCACAUCAUGCAUCCAUGCAUGAAAACAAUGUGGAUGCAAAUACUUUCGAGGGUUCAAGAUACUCAGAAAAGUUUGGUCCUUACAGUCAUGGGAGUACAGGAAAAUCGACUUUACUUGCAAUACAAGCUAAGGUCCGUGUUCAAUGCAGAGGUGCAUUAACUUCACAUGGUAACAGGGGACAUAAGCAGAAAGAACAGAUUGAGGCUGCAUCCAACCAGUUCUUUGGGACCCAGAAACCAAUCUGGCGGCAGGUUAUGAAGCAGAGAGCUUGUACAAGCCAGAAUAGCUGUUACGAUGAGCUCGGGCAGGGGGUGCAGAUGCAUAGUAGUGUUACCAACAAAGUCAGAUCAACUUCAAUAGUAGAAUCCAACAAGUCAACCAUACGAAGUUCGACAAGUGGAGCAAAGAAAGUGACAAACAAGAAUUUUGUAACUGACAAGGUCAGACCCAACAGUUCUGGCAGAAGAGCAAGUGGUGCCAAAAAGGAGUUUUCACUGAUCAAGACAAACAGCAAUUCCAUGAGGAAUAGGUAUCCCAAAAGGGAUGCUCUACCUGUUAAUGUUGUUAAUAGCUAUGAAGGUAAGUCCAUAAAAUGCAAUAUAACAAAUGAUGGGAGCAUGAAUCAAGAUGCAUUAAAAAGGAACACUGGCGAGGAUGUUAUUUCCUUCACAUUUACAUCUCCUACGAAGAAAGCGUCACAAUCUUCGACUCAUACAAACAGCAUUGAUGUCAAUGCUCCUGGUUUACAUAUGACAGAUGGUGAUGCUUCAAGUGACCUGUUCAACGGAAAGGCGCGAGAUUUGGCAUCUAGAACCAACUCACAGGAAUGUACUCUGGCAACAAGGGUGCCCUCUGCUGUUUCACUAUCCAGUGAGGUUAGCAUCGAAUCUGGGGAAGGAGACAGAAGAUCUCACUCUAAUCCGCCUAGCGGUGAACUGCAGGGUAUGCAUAACCAUGGUUGUUCUUCAAGUGAUGAUCAUAUGCUUGACAUGAAUCAAGCUGGGGAACAAGCAUACGGGCUUUCAAAUUUGGAAGAUUAUAACAGGCCAAGGAACUUGAAGCUGGAAUAUGAAAAGGAUAUGCUUGGCAAUGAAAAGUUAAUGGAAGGAAAUUUUGCAGAUAAUCAAACAAUCAGAAAUGAUCAGGUUAUAAAGACAAACGUGUUUGAUAUGCUGGAGAAGUGGAGCAGCGGAACAGAAAGCGAUGGAGAAGAGCACUUGAAGGUGGAGAGGAAUCUUUUGUUUGACUUCGUGAGUGAGUUCAUGGAGUUGAGAAGAAGCAUGAGGCAAGCUUUUAGUGGGAGGUACAAGGGAAGGGCCCUGGAGAGUCAAGUUUGGUGGGAAGAAGACUUGUGCUCAGAAAUCAAGCGUUUUAAAAGCAUGCGCGAGGCCAUGGUGGAUGAGCUCGUGAACAUGGACAUGAGUUCUCCACAUGGCACGUGGCUCCAUUUUCAGACUGAACCCUUCCAGCAGAUUUUACUUUCAGAGAUCGAGUGGGACAUCUCAACAUCUCUCAUCAAUGAUUUGCUUCUUGAUUUGCUGCAUCAUUAGCCCUCCUGUUGUUGUUUUUUUUUUUUUUGGGACCAGUUUAGCCCUCUUGUGUUUGGCUUCCACUGUUUUCCUAUCGUUACAUGGGUUUAUCUUUCUCAAGCGUUACUGUAGUUUGAGAUCACAAGUGUGGGGUGGGAAAAAGAAUAAAAGUUGAACUGAAAUUGUACACCUGAUGAUUUCAUGGAAA